AUGGACCUGGCGACCCGGGAAGGAAUCCCCAGCGGGCACCUGAUGCACCACGGAGACGCCAUGGAUUACCCAAAUCACAGUGCCGAUGACUUGGAUGAAGCUGAAAAAGGUCAGCCCAACGGGAUGAACAAUAAUCAUUCAUCCUCCAACAAUGGAGUUGAUAAAAGUUCAAACAAGCAUCUUGCUAAUGAAGAGGCUCCAGGUAGAAACAGGUAUUUGAGCAAAGAAUAUAAAGUACACUGGCGGGAAAAGGAGAGAAUACAAAAAGCACUUAAUAAGGAGAACGAAUUAGACAAAGAUUUUUUGCAGAGGGAAAAGGAAUGGCUUGAAUUGGAGGAGCAGAUCAAAAAUGAUACUUACAAGGAGUGGAACAAAUUGCAGCAGAUUAAAAAGAAGGACAUUGCUAAGUUAAUUGAAUUUGACUUAAAGGGGGAACAGGAGAAUGCAAAUUUGUCUUCCUCGAAGAAGAGGGAAAUGAGAAACUCCAAGAGGAAGAAGGAAAAGGAGCUCGACGAUUUGGAUCGGCUCAACGAGAUUAGGGAGGCCGAGGAGGAGGCCAAGAGGAGGAAGGAGCAAGUCGAUAGAGAUGUCGAUGGAGACGCCGAUAAAAACGAACCACACGGGGGGGACAAUCAAGCCACAACAAAAUCGGAUCAACUUCCUGAAGACGCAAACGACAAGGCAAACAACCAACAAGAGAGCAAAGAUACUGCUAGUGUGUCCAAGUCCAAGAGCAGUUUUUUUAUGAACGCCUUGUCCUUCGUGUUUGACAGGAGGAGUGAGGGUAAGGUGGAGGAGAAAGGGGACGAGGCACUGGAUGGUGAAGCGGCGGGCGGGGAGGAGUCCAGCGAGACGGCAAAUGAAAAUGGGCAGGCGAAGGCAGGAUGCAAUACGGAAAACGAGACAGUAGAGAACGACCAUGCGGACAACGCCAGCCUGCACACGACAUGUGUGGAGAAUGACAUUGUUGAGAAUUGCACGGGGGAACAGGCAGAGGAUACACACCCCGUGGAGACGCGAACGCGCAAGCGAAAAACCCCCGCCUCAGAACCGAUCAACAUAAAGGUGAAUGAGAAAAAAAAAAAAAAAAAAACACAGACACGGACAUCGCGACAAGAGUGUCCACCAGGAAAGCCCUACAAAACGUAUUCAACACGAACGAUGAAGAUGAUAUGUUCGGAAGGAAAACGAGGACGUCCCAUGCCACGUCGGGUGGAAAAGGUAAAGACGCGGCGGAAGUGGUAG